UGGGAAACGUAGUCUGGCGUUCCGGCGGAGGUGGCGGGCAGAGCGGCAUCCGUACUGGCUGCCGGGACUAGCUCUGGGCGAGGCUCUGCCUCUUCCUGUCCACCCUGUAGGAAGAACCCCACAGGAAGGAAGGUAAAGGCAAUGGCUGCUGGGCCUCUGCCAUUGGGAGCUCAGUUUCAGGAGUCAGUGACAUUCAAGGAUGUGUCUGGAUUUCACUUGGGAAGAGAGGAUUCAUCUACAUUUCGCUCCAAGGAAGUUGUAUGGGAAAGUGAUGCUGGAGAACUACAGGUCUUGGUUUUGCUGGGGCAUCAGCUUUCCAAACCAGAUGUGACUUCUCAGCUGGAACAAGAAGAACUGAGCCACAUGACAAAAGAACUCCCAGGAUGCAUCUCUCCAGAUUUUAUUCAGUGUUGCUGCCAGACUGAGCUACCAUUUGGUCUUAUUAUUCUACCCAAAACCAUGACAAGAAAGUAUCGCUUGAGUGCCACACUCGGCAGUUCCCCAGUCACCAUCUGAUGUGCUCCUCAGAACAGUCGAAGGCACUGGAAAACAAGACUUGAAACCAAAGAGUCAACUCUAAAGCCAAACAUUACUGAAGAUUUAUCCUAGAGAGUAAUAAUGGAAAGGGAAGUUCUCUGGCAUUCUUCUUUAGGGAAGACCUGGGAACCUGAUAAUUGGUUAGAGGGGCAACAAAAAAACCAGGAUAGACAUCUGGGCCAAGUUGCAGUUACCCAUAAGGAAACCCUCACUGAGAGAAGGGUAUGUGGAGGAAAUGAAUUUGAAAGAUGUUCCAGUCAGGGUUCAAUCAUUGAUACACAACAAAAUAUUCCUAUGGGAAAAAGGCCCUAUAAUCAGAGUCCACAUGGAAAAGAUAUCAAACAAAAUUGUGAAUUAAUUAAAACUCAAAGAAUGUUUGUAGGAAAGAAAAUAUAUGAAUGUAAUGAAUGCAGGAAAGCCUUCAGCCAGAGUUCAUCUCUUCUUAAGCACCAGAGGAUUCAUACUGGGGAAAAACCCUUUAAGUGUAAUGUAUGUGGGAAGCACUUCAUUGAACGCUCCUCCCUUACUGUACAUCAAAGAAUUCACACUGGAGAAAAGCCCUACAAAUGCAAUGAAUGUGGGAAAACCUUCAGUCAAAGCAUGAACCUCACUGUUCAUCAAAGAACUCAUACUGGAGAGAAACCCUAUCAGUGUAAAGUGUGUGGAAAAGCUUUCCGCAAGAAUUCAUCCCUUAUUCAACAUGAAAGGAUUCAUACUGGAGAGAAACCCUACAAAUGUAAUGAAUGUGGGAAAGCUUUUACCCAAAGUAUGAACCUCACAGUGCAUCAAAGAACUCAUACAGGAGAAAAACCCUAUGAAUGCAAUGAAUGUGGAAAAGCCUUCAGUCAAAGUAUGCAUCUUAUUGUACAUCAGAGAAGUCAUACUGGAGAAAAACCUUAUGAGUGUAGUGAAUGUGGAAAAGCCUUUAGUAAGAGUUCAACUCUUACCCUACAUCAACGAAAUCACACUGGAGAAAAACCCUACAAAUGUAACAGAUGUGGGAAAUCUUUUAGCCAAAGCACAUACCUUAUAGAACAUCAGAGACUUCAUUCUGGAGUAAAACCUUUUGAAUGUAAUCAGUGUGGAAAAGCUUUCAGUAAGAAUUCAUCACUUACUCAACAUCGGAGAAUUCAUACUGGAGAGAAACCUUACGAGUGUAUCAUUUGUGGAAAACAUUUCACUGGACGAUCAUCGCUUACUGUGCAUCGAGUUAUUCAUACUGGGGAGAAACCUUAUGAAUGCAAUGAAUGUGGAAAGGCCUUCAGCCAGAGUGCAUACCUUAUUGAGCAUCAAAGAAUUCAUACUGGUGAGAAACCCUAUGAAUGUGAUCAGUGUGGCAAAGCCUUCAUUAAGAAUUCAUCCCUUAUAGUGCAUCAGAGAACUCAUACAGGAGAGAAACCCUAUCAGUGUAAUGAAUGUGGGAAAGCCUUCAGUCGGAGUACAAACCUUACACGACAUCAGAGAACUCAUACGUGAGGAAAGUUUUCAUUGGGCUCUUUACUAUGAUUAACUUUCCAGUGAUAAUCAGAUAAGUUAUGUAAUAUAGAAACCUAAUAAAUGUAGUGAUUUUGGAAAUUUUUUAAAUGAAGUAUAUACCAUAUCAGAUAAUACAGACCACUGUAGAGAAACCAUAUAAAAGUGGAAAGAUCUUGAUUGAUUCAGAAAGUAAAACUUUAUAACAGAAGGUUUAAGUAGCUAAUAUUCUAAACAAUGGGGAUUCAUGCUGAAGAUAAGUUCUGUUGUAUCAUACUGCAGACUCUCCAUUGGGUAUCAGAGAAUUCACACUGGAGAGAAAAUGUGAGAGUGCUUAACUGGACAGCCCCAAGACCCGGUAUGUACUCUGAUCUGCCGCUGACUUGGACAAGUCACCUACUUUCACCAGGUCACAGUGUCCUUAUUUGGUAAAUGAGGGAUUUUGGAUUUAGAAGGUCUCCAGAUACAUAUGCAUUCUGAAAAGCUACAAACCUAUAACUACAAUAAAUGGUGGGA